CACUGACGUCACCAGCAUGCGCGCCGGCCGCUGCAGUCCACCUGGCGGACGAGUCUGGCGCUUGUAGCUUCUCCUGAGACAGCUGCUGCCUGGUGGUCGCAGUCGCCCGGUCCGGAGGUCCCGGUGUCACAGGCUCUGCGACAUGUCGAUGCUGGCUGAGCGUCGGCGGAAGCAGAAGUGGGCUGUCGAUCCAAGAAACACUGCGUGGAGUAAUGACGAUUCCAAGUUUGGCCAGAGGAUGCUAGAGAAGAUGGGGUGGUCUAAAGGAAAGGGUUUAGGGGCUCAGGAGCAAGGAGCCACGGAUCACAUUAGAGUUCAAGUUAAAAAUAACCACCUGGGACUCGGAGCGACAAUCAAUAACGAAGACAACUGGAUCGCACAUCAAGAUGGUUUUAACCAGCUCUUGGCUGAACUGAACACUUGCCAUGGGCAGGAAACAGCAGACUCCUUAGACAACAAGGAAAAGAAAUCUUUUAGCCUUGAGGAAAAGUCCAAAAUCUCCAAAAACCGUGUUCAUUAUAUGAAAUUCACAAAAGGGAAGGAUCUUUCAUCUCGGAGCAAAACAGAUCUUGACUGCGUUUUUGGGAAAAGACAGAGUAAGAAGACUCACGAGGAAGAUUCCAGCCCCUCCACUCCGGAUGAGAACGAAACCUCCAUGACGAGCACCAGUGCCUUCACCAUCCAGGAGUAUUUUGCCAGGCGCAUGGCAGAGCUGAAGAGCAAGCCGCAGGGCACAGCUCCCCAGCCCGACAUUUCAGAUACCCAAGUGGAAUUGAAAAGGAGAAAGAAAAGAAACCAAGAGAAAACAGGUAAAAGUGGGGAGAGUUACCCCCAACCCAGGGCCAAGCAGCCUGAGGAGGAAAAGUGUGAGGAAGAAGGGAGCCACGAGCAUCCGGCCAAGAAGAAGAGAGCCCCUGCAGAGCAGCAGCCCGGACGCCCCCGUUGGGAUGAGAGUUCUGACACUGCUGCCGCCGAGGAUCACGCGCAGCCCCCUGGUGACCAGGAUGUGAUCUCAACGCCCAAAACAAGGAGAGAAAAGAAAAAGCUGCAAAAGCCUGUAGAGGUGGCCGUGGACACUGUGCCAGCUGAAACACCAGUGAAGAAGAAGAAGAAAAAGAAGAAAGGUUCCCAAUGAGCUCUCUCCAGGCAGGGCGCUGCAGGCAGACGCCUUUGGCCCGAGGUCAGGGUUAACCCCGGAGAGUUGGGCAUCUUUUGACAUGCCGUGGAUUGCCGAGUCUCGCCCUCGCGCCGCACUUCCCCGAGUUAUAUUCCCAGGAGAACUUUUUAAUCUUCUAAAUCAUGGCUCUCAUAAACAAAUAAAAUUUUUAUAAACUCGGA